AGAGAGAGAGGGAGAGACAGAAGGGCUGGAGCAGACGUCUCACUGGGUCUCGGCUUGACAAAGAUGCGUAUCAUCUGCUGCAGCUCGGGACUAAGAUAUAAUAGUCACACUGCAACGACAACAGGAGGAUAACCAAGCCGACGCAUUGCGAGACGAGGCGAGGCGAGGCGAGGCGGUGCACUGCAGGCUGCUCGGGAAUGUCGUCCACCAAUGUGAAUCCCUGAGGCAAAGAUGAAGCGCAAGAGCGAGAGGAGACGAGCAGAGUCGAAGAAAAAGCGCUGUGCGGCUCACAACACAGAGGCGGAGCCAAACUCUGAUGUUUACAUUGAGAUAACAGAUCAACUCUGCUUCGCCAUACUUCAACAGAAGAUCAAAAGCACAGCCGAGCGACACUGUUUCUGCAUAGAUGAAGAGUUGGCCUAUGAGAACUUCUAUGCGGACUUUGGUCCCCUUAACCUGGCCAUGUUUUAUCGCUUCUGUUGCAAGCUGACAAAGAAGCUCAAGUCAAUUACACUGUCAAGGAAGAAGAUCAUAUUUUACACAUGUGGAGACCAGAGAAAACAGGCCAAUGCUGCGUAUCUCAUCGGCUCAUAUGCUGUGAUGCAUCUAAAGAUGAUGCCAGAGGAAGCCUAUAGUCUGCUGGUGUCCAGGAAUUCAAUGUACAUCCCAUUCAGAGAUGCUUCGUUUGGAACCUGCCUGUACAACCUGAACAUCUUAGAUUGCCUCCGUGCUGUUUAUAAGGCUCUGCAGUAUGGCUGGCUGGACUUCUCCAACUUUGAUGUGGAAGAAUAUGAGCACUAUGAGAGAGCAGAGAAUGGAGACUUAAACUGGAUCAUUCCGGGAAAGUUCCUCGCAUUCAGUGGACCUCAUCCAAAAAGCAAAAUAGAGAAUGGUUAUCCUCUACAUGCUCCUGAGGCCUACAUUCCUUACUUCAGAAAACACAACGUCACCACUGUCAUCCGCCUCAACAAGAAGAUGUAUGACGCCAGGCGUUUCACAGACUCCGGCUUUGAACACCACGAUCUGUUCUUUGUGGACGGGAGUACGCCGAACGACUCCAUCGUCAGAAAGUUCCUCAACAUCUGUGAGAAUGCGGAGGGAGCAAUAGCCGUCCACUGCAAAGCUGGUCUGGGGAGGACCGGCACUCUGAUUGGCUGCUACAUGAUGAAACAUUACCGCCUGACCGCUGCCGAGGCCAUAGCCUGGAUACGAAUCUGCCGACCGGGAUCUGUCAUUGGGCCGCAGCAGAACUUUGUUGAAGAGAAGCAGAACUUUUUAUGGGCUGAGGGCGACGUUUUCCGAGAGAAGCUAAAUGAACAGGAGAACGGCAAGAUGGCCGUGACCAGGAUCCUGUCAGGGGUGGAUGACAUCACCAUCAAUGGGAACAACAAAAACAGAGCAUCCAACAAAGAAGAAAUGGAACUGUAUAAUGAUGAUGAGGAAAGAAACGGCCUCACGCAAGGUGAUAAACUCCGAGCCCUGAAGAGCAAGAGGCAGUCCAGGUCAUCUACAGGCUCACUAUCACAGGAGGAGAACAAGAUUCACACGAGGUCGUCGUCACAGUCCUUAAGCAGGGCCAUCUUGCAGGUCAGUGCUCAGGCCUGUAAGACCAGCGUCAACCCCUUGACUGUGUCUGACCACACCGAUGGCAGCAAGAGAACCAGAACCUCACUCCCGGCCAACAUAGUAGGAGGAAGCUCCCUGUGCCACACCAGAUUGGUCAGGUCACUGGGAAACUUGCAUGUAGUGACUGGCGACAGGGACCCAAUGUGUUGUGAGCCAUGUGGCAGCCAUAGAGACGCGGCCAGUGCCACAGCCAACACAGGCACUUUCAUCAACUUAAACUUGGCACAAGUUCACCUGCAGACGCACUGCCUCCCAAGGACGUAAAACUCGCAGGUCCUUGCAAUCAGUUCGAUUUUCCAGGCUAUGUCACUCCAUACCCAAAGCUAGAGCUCCUCUACUUCGAUGAGGCUGGAAAUCCCGAGGAAAUAUACAUGAAAUCCAUUUUUAUAAACAGCUGUACUACGUAAAAUGUACUUUUCUUUUUGAGAAAUUGAUAAGAAACUGUAACCAAGAUAUCACGUGUCAUUAAUCAACAAGAUUGUUUGAUUCCAAGUUAUUUUAGCCUCGAGGCACUUUGGUUUUUAUAUUUUUAACAGGCUCAUGAAAUUUGCUAACUUUUUUUAAUCAUUGUCAUGUUCUUACUUAUGGAAGCAUGUGGUAGCAAACAGCAAUUUUAGACCACACCUAUCAAACCAGCAUGUGAAUCCUUGAUUUUCCCCUAAAAUAAACACUGCAGAUUUUCUGCUUUCAGUUGGGGGAAAUCAGAUUUGGACUGGUAGAUUAACCUGCGGUCUGGUUCAUGGGGAAAAAAGAAAAUGUUUUUGAAAUACAGUACUGCGUACCCUUGUACUGCCUUUCACCAUCUGCCUCGUCUUAGUCCUGUCAUUAAUCUGAAGCUUUUUAGCUCCUAUAUUUCAAGCCUGUAAAUAUGUGAACAUUUGAUAUAACCAGUUUGUAUUUUGUAAAUAUUUUUGUACUACGUUUGAAUCAUGACAUGUCAAUGGUCCUUAAGGGGCCCUAUCAAAUUCAUAAUCCACAGACAUUAGCUUGACGCACACAGAAGGGACAUUUUAAAUAAAAUAAAAAUUGUUCUUGCGCUA